AUGGUAUGCAUUUGCACUAAAUGCAAGGUAAUCACGUUCACCCGUGGUAUGUCGCCGAUCAAUCACGUCUACUCUAUUAACACAACUCCUCUAGAACGUGUUCAGUCCAUCCGCGAUCUGGGCGUUGUCAGUGACUCCAAGCUGACGUUCAACGAACAUAUCGCCACCAUAACUGCCAAAGCGUUUUCUGUUCUCGGAUUCAUCCGCCGAAACGCAUCGCAGUUUACUGACAUCUAUGCCCUGAAAGCGCUUUUCUGUACGUUAGUGCGCAGUACUCUGGAAUAUGCCUCGCCGAUCUGGUCACCCUAUCACGUUGCUCAAGUGAUCAGCAUUGAACGUGUACAGAGGCACUUCGUGCGCUUCGCCCUCCUCCGUAACCUUCCCUGGAACGACCCGGCUAAUCUCCCUGAUUAUGCGGCUCGCGAAACUACCAAUAAUGCAAUUGAGAAAUCGGAGAAUUAUAGUAAUGCGAUCGCCUGA